AUGCCUACAAGUACAUGCCGCUCUAUUAUUGCUAUUCCUCUCCAGAAGCGCUCAUCUAGAAAGGCUUAUAAUCGACGCAUUGAACCGACAAUGACAACAUCUCCGUUUGAUGCAUACGACUUGAUGAGUCGGUCGAUCUUGUCCUCGAUAAUGGGCUUGAAGCGGAAACCGAGGCCACAGCAAAUAAUCGACCACAACUCGUCUUCUGGUCCAUCGUGCUCGUCAGCGCCGGUUCAUAGUGCUUUACACCAAGAUGAGGAGGAGCGAACACCUCAUGACAUCUAUCGUGAGAUUGUUGUCGAAUGCGAACAGAUAGAGCGAAGUGGCACAUCCAGCCCGAUAUCAGACUUUGAAUCAACGUUAACUUCGCCAUGCCCUGUGGCUUCACCAUCACCUUUAGUUCACCCAACGUUUCCCAUCCCCAUGGGGCCUUUUAUGUCAGAGCAUGGAACUUACCCGCAAGACCAGCUUGCAGUAUGUAUGCCGCCUCCUCCGUACUCGGUAGUACCUCCACCAACAGAACAAUUGCCCUUCUUUGCGACUUCUCCACUUCUUCCACAUGUAGAACAUCCCGCACUCCUAUCACAGCCCAUCAAACGAGAAGAACCUUUGAAUGCUAUCUCCAUCGAAGAAAUCGUGCAAAUGGUGGUGAAAGCAAUGCAGAUGAAAAGCACAGGAUUAGCAGAGGAGAGAGAAAGCCCCGAGGAAAUUUUGCGAAGAAAACGGCAACAGAAUAAUCAAGCUGCUGCUCGCUAUCGGAAGAGGCAACGAGAGGCACGCGACAUGGCCGAAGGCGAACUAGAUCUACUGCUGCGACGGAAUGAAAGCCUCCGUCGAACAAUUGAGAACAUGCAGUUAGAAAUCGAAGAGCUGAAAAAGGCAGUCCUUUCUGCUGGACGAUCGUGACACAAAAAAUUCAACAUGCUCUCGCGAUCAAUAUGAUGUCUGCAUUUCAUUCCGUAUUCACAAUCUUUUCGCUUAGAUGUGUAUCAUGUUCUAUUCAUUUUACCGGUGGCGUUGUCAGGAACAAGCGUAACUGCCAUUUUUCAUUUGCCAUGCAAUGAGAGCACCAGGACAUAGGUCAGAAGGUGUGCUUGCCUCUACUUCAAAAUUGUGUCA